CCGCGCUGUGUCCCUGGCGUCCUCAGUCCUGCCCCCCGAAGUGGAGAUGCGCGAGAGGCAGGCGAGGGCGCGCAGCUCGUGAGACGCCGCGCCAGCCGGCACCAUGCGCCUGCGGCCGCUGCCCCUCGUCGUGGUCCCCGGCUUGCUGCAGCUGCUAUUUUGUGACAGUAAAAAGGUGGUUCAUGCCACGGAGGGGCUGGAUUGGGAAGACAAAGAUGCUCCAGGGACACUGGUUGGAAAUGUGGUGCACUCAAGGAUCAUCAAUCCUUUGCGCUUGUUUGUUAAACAGUCUCCCGUGCCAAAGUCCGGACACUUGGCUUAUGCAGACAGCAUGGAAAACUUUUGGGAUUGGCUGGCUAACAUCACGGAGGUUCAGGAGCCAUUGGCAAGAACUAAACGGAGGCCAAUAGUAAAAACAGGAAAAUUUAAGAAAAUGUUUGGAUGGGGCGACUUCCAUUCCAACAUUAAAACUGUUAAACUCAACCUCCUCAUCACAGGGAAAAUUGUUGACCAUGGAAAUGGAACCUUCAGUGUUUAUUUCCGACAUAAUUCCACAGGCCUGGGCAAUGUUUCAGUGAGUUUGGUUCCCCCUUCCAAAGUAGUGGAAUUUGAAGUGUCCCCACAGUCUACUUUGGAGACCAAGGAAUCCAAAUCUUUCAAUUGUCGCAUUGAGUAUGAAAAAACAGACCGGGCAAAGAAGACCGCCCUUUGCAACUUUGACCCGUCAAAGAUCUGCUACCAGGAGCAAACUCAGAGUCAUGUUUCUUGGUUGUGCUCCAAGCCCUUCAAGGUCAUUUGCAUUUACAUUGCCUUUUACAGUGUUGAUUAUAAACUUGUGCAAAAGGUCUGUCCUGACUAUAAUUACCAUAGUGAGACACCAUACUUAUCUUCUGGAUGACUCCUUCCACAGUGAUAGAAAUGACACACAAGUAUAUAUUUAAUUAGAAUGACCAGGAAACAAGCCCAACUCUUCAUGGUAAAGGAUCCCUUUUGUUUCUGGCAGUGAAUCUUAGUUCCCUACAAGGUUUCCAAAUUAAAAAAUGAAGAAACAUCUUUUAAUGUGAACUGUGUUUGUUUCAAUCAUAAGUACCUUAAUCAAAAGAGUUAACUGUCUAUGAAGCUUAUGCUUUCAAGUAGGAUGGCUAAGUGUCCCAGAAAUGUUGUUUCUCUAAAAGAAGCAUCAGUAGGAGCCACAAAAUAAAACAAGAACGAACCAAAUUAUGCAUGUGAUACAUUGCUCUUGAAAUGAGCCUGCCUUUGAAAUAUGUUUUGGAAGGUUACCAUAAAAAUAGCAAUUUCAGUCAAGUAACUGAAAAGAUUGUAUUUGAUAGAUAACUCGCAUUUCUGACAUUGAAUUCUUUUUUCAUUGCUGUCUUUUUCCUUACAUCUGUGCUGUUAUUGAUAUCAGAGAUGAGGGAUUAAAAUUUGUUUCAAAACUCAUGUGUGAAGUUACAGUGCCAGAGUGGAACGAAAUACAUUAUUAUUUGAGCUAGAGUUGAAUGGAAUGUGAUUUAAACACUUAGCUCUGUGUUGGUCACCAUUCUUAUGAUUCUCAUCUGACUAGGAAUAUUGGUGUGUUGGGGAAGCAAAUCUGGAAAAAUUAUAAGUCAGUUCAACAGUAAUGAAGACCAUGUUUUAUAUUCUUUUGCCAAAUAUAAUGCUGUGAGGUGGCUUAAAAAUAAUAAAUUUGUAUUUACCCUAUAACUUCAUUCUAUUCAUUUGAUAGUGUGAUUUUAUAUACGUGAAUAGAGCAACUCUGAAACUGAAAAAGAAUGAUUGUUUCCCAGACUACAAUGAGAAAACAAUUGUAAGUAAAGGGAAGAACUUCCAAAAUUAUGGAUUUAUUUCCAAACUUUCAUGUUAAAUUAUCUUUUCAUUUAAUUAUUUGAGUAUCAAAUUAUAUGUGGGAAUAAAGAGUUAUAUACAAACAUUACUAAAUGUUAUUAAGUAUUAAUAACCAAGGUACUUGCCAGGUGUUUGAGCUUAUUUUUAAAUUAAUGUUGUUUCCCAAUCAGUAUUCUUCUCAUCAUCCUUAAAGGGGCGAUGUGCUAGGGGGAGGGGGUGGGAGCUGUCAUCCAAUGUCACAGAGCUGAAUCCUCUUGUAUUACAAAAAAGAGGGUCUCACUGACCAGUAAAGUUUCUAGAACUUGUGAAGUGGUUACUCCUUUUUACAAAAGAUGUUAACUGCCCCCUUCUUAUCUGUAAAGUCAGUUACAUUAAGUUGAGGACUAAAGGAAAACCAGUCCCAACAAAAAUGCUCUUACCACAAUGUUCAAAAAACUGACAUCUCUAGUGUCUACUUAACAUCUCCACUUCUUUCCUUUUAUGGUGAUAUCUGCACAGUGUUUGAUUUGUCUUUUGUAAAAAUUGUACUAGACUUAGUGUAUGGUAGUAUAAGCUUGAAAUUUUUGCUCUGAGUUCAUCAGGUGCUUUUGUAAUUUUGUGGUUGGUGUGAAAUAUUUUGAGACAUCUUUUAUUUUCAUCUAGAAACAAGAUUAAAAUACUAUUUAUUGUAAAAUAUGUGGAAACCAUAUAUGUAUAUAUACUUAGAAUUUUCUGUGUACAGGGAAAUAUGUGUACACAUUUCUAUGUAAAUAAAAAGAUCUUUGGUAAAUCUGUCACAUGACUUUCAGGGUGCUUUUUCU